AUGGACUACGUUGCAAACGGCGAGCUCUUCAACGUCGUCGCCGCGAACUUGCUGAGCGAGGAACACGUGCGGUACAUCAUCUACCAAAUCGCACAGACGCUCGCAUUCUUGCAUUCGCGCAGAAUCAUCCACCGGGACUUGAAGCUGGAGAACGUGCUCGUGGACCGCGUCGUAGAUGAGCGCAUUUUGCAAGGCGCGUGCGACUUCCGGCACGCGGCGCUCAAGCGCGUAUCGCCGCCGUGCCUCAAGCUGCUCAAACGACUGCUCAACCCCGACCCGGCGAAGCGCGCGACCAUUGCAGACGUGCUGAACUCGAAAUGGCUAUCC